AGAGACUGCCAACGUGGCGACGGACAGCUGAUUACGGACGGACGGCACGAACCCGAAGAGAUCUCCUCUCGGAUAAACAACGAGGACGUUUCUAUUGACUCUCGCUCGGACGCGAUCCGUCUCGGCCGUCUCAGAUGGCCGCUCUCGGAACGAGAUUUAUUGACGUGAUUUGUGCACGCACACGUGUACCCCGCGUGAUUACUCCGCGAGAUGCGUUCUCCUGGAGAUGCGUUUAAAUCUCCGCAUAUUUGUUCCUACAUCUUUGCCUCACGAGGCAAUGCCUUGCUUUACGUAAUUCUGUGCAGCAUCUCAAUCAAAGUGUACCAAACAGAUAAGAGACACGAUCAUAACGAAGUUAUAUAAAUGUCACAUUUUCUUUGACGUCAAGAUUUGGCGUAAUUUAUAACAAUUUGUGUUGAUUUAUCUUGCAACGUAAUUGAAUAUAGCCGUAGUUAGUAACAGCUGGCCUGUCAAUUGCAUUCGAAUGACAGUGUGAUCGAAUGGAAUGCGGCUGUAAGUGUAAUGCUUGCAGCCAGGAUAAUCAGCAGCACUGUGACAUGCAUCUGCACGCGGAGAUAGAGAAUUUGCGCCAACGAUUGCUCGAGAGGGACAACCACAUUGUGACGAUGGAGACGCAGUUCUUAAACGAGGCCGAUAAGUUUCCGAACGGGGAACUGGCCUCCACGAAGGAGGAACUGUUGAUAUGGCAGGAGAAGUACUCGCGCUUGCACGAGGCGCACAAGAGGGUUCAAAAGGUCAAUCAAAAUCUGGAGGACAAACUGCUGCGGAUAGUGGACAAGUGCGAGACGGAGAAAGGUGCCUUCACGAAGGACAUAGCGACUCUGUCUCAUAGAUUAGCCGAUGCGAAUUAUACGAUACAUCGGUUAACUCAAGAUAAUGAAAAAUAUAGAAAUGACGUUAGUUUGGCUAUCCAAUUGCUUCAAUGUAAACCUUCCAACUUCGUGGGUCAGAAAUAUGAUUCGCUGCCUUCCGAGGUGCAGGCUAAAGUGCGGACGUACGUCGCGCAGAAGCGAUGCUCCGCGCAGGACACGACGCAGCCGGACAUAAAGAGCAUCACCGUGCCGAUAUCCACGUUUCCGCCGACGGCGAUGGUGUACAAUAUUACGAAGCCUACGGUGGAGAAGCACAGCGACGACGACAGCGACGACGGCAAGCCGCCGAUGGACAUGGUGUCGGCGGCGAUUAUGGCGAAAGUGCUGGAGGAUCGCGAGAAGGAGAGAAUCUUCGCCAAGCACUGCGACACGUGCACGUGUCACAGAAACAUCCUCACGGUGGACACGGAGACGCAAACGUGCGUGCCCGAUACGUUUCCUACCUCCGAGAGUUAUACGUACAGCGUCGAGAAGCAAACGUCGCAGGGCACGCUGAACGACGAGAAGUAUCAGAGUAAAGAUAAACACCAAUCGAAUCACGCGAUGCAUACGGUCUUCUACGAGAUCAACGAGAACGGCAACAAGAUUCGCCGUCACAUGAACGGCGAUUACGUCAAGUAUGCCUCGCAGGUUCCGUGCAUCAAGGACAAGCUCGUCGGCAGAAGCGGCAAGUACGGGCAGGAUUACACGGUGGAGGAGGACGGCGUCAUUACGAGGGCCAGUUUAAACAAGAAGAACUCGUCUCAGAAUCACGAGAACAAACGCUCGUCAUCGUUCUCGAGGUUAAACGAUCUUAACAGAAUAAAUGUCGACAAGGCGUCCAAAUCGCUCAGGGCCAACAAGUGCGAUUCUCCGGUCGACAGUAGAUCCGCGAAGUGGAACAAGAGCGAGAGGAACUUUUUCGAACAUUUCGGUGCCGGUUAUUUGGCACGCGCGGACAAUCGGCUCUCCGACAAGCAGACGCACAUUGAUAUCAUAAACGAUCGUUUGUGGAAGAACGAGUGGACGAAGCUGAAGUCCGAGGCGGACUCGUCGAAGGAGAGCAAGUGCAAGGCGAAUCGCGGUAUCGAGCUCGAUGUCAUCAACGAUCGCGAUUGGAAGAACGACAGGUCGGCGGAGUUGCGGCAAGACGCGCCGAACGUCGCGCAGUUUACUGUGAUCGAGGUCAAGAGUCCGGACAACAACGCGGCGGGUCACAAUGACGGCAGCCAGACGGAGGUGACGACCAGUCCGAGCUUCAGCAGCGACAGCAUGAUCAUCUCCAGCUCCGAUCCGUCUAGCAGCUGCAGCGACGUCGCGCAGUCGCUGACCGGUGGUGCCUUCAAUUCGAGCGCCAAGUCCAACUCGAAUCAGAGUCGCGUGAUCGGUCCGCGGAACUGCCUGGUCCGGGUCACGCCCGGCUCCAAGAACAUUCUACUGGACAACGCUGGCCAUUACAAGACUGUUCUGUAUAGCAGUAAUAAUAACGGCGGUGGUGGUGGUGGUGGUGGUGGCGGCGACGGCGACGGCGGCAAGACCAGCACUGCCCUGGUGCACGCGAAGAAGACAUCUCGAGCCGGUUCUGAACGUUCGACCGGCAGCGAGGACAAUUCGCCGCCUGCGUUACUGCAGGAUAAUCAAUUGCAACGAGUGGCCGAAUGGGUGCAGUCGUCGAUGUGCGUGGAGAAUUCCGCGCCGCGUGAUAGCAAUAAGAGCAAGUGUGUGGAGAACGCAGCGGCCGACAAUCCGUCAUCCGCGUAUCCGAACGAUUCUCUCGUGAAGCGCAAGUCCUCGGAGCAGGACGGAGGCUUGACUCGCAGCAACGUUCGAGAUGUGCCGAAGAACUCGUCGAGCAACGUCGACGAUUGCAGCGAGAGGGAUGCGAAUGACGAGCCCGCUGAUAUCAACAUCUUGUCCGGGCGUGUAGACGAGAGCGAAAAUCUCAUAACAUUCGAGGACGAGCAUUUGCUGAAGGAUUCUCGCAAGGAUAUGGAUUACGAGGUGAAGGUGACGAAGGAGAUGGAGGAGACGUAUCUGAAGCUGGCGGCGAGCCUGGACCCGGUGACGUUGAGCAUGUCGAGUACCAGCAACGCCGAAUUGACGAUCGAGAAGUACAGGAAGGAUCACAAGAGGCUUCACAUGCAGAGAGUCCAAGAUAAGGCGGGAUCAAAAGCUUAACGUGUGCAUCUCAGCGAAAAUUCUUCGAAGACAAUUGACUAUAUCACGCAGGGAGUUCCUUUAAAGAUAUAACAGAGCGUUAUUUUUUGUAACUAUAUUGAAGUAAGGCUGUACCAACACAAGUAGCAUAGGGGAAAAAAGGAGUCCUACGCGCCGCUGCAGGUAAAUCGGUUUCGUUUGCGUUCGUGAGCGAGAUCCGUAGGUUGAUUUUAAAGCGUAAGGUCUUCGCUUAUGAAAAACAAAAAAAAAAUUUAACCGAAGGUAAAAUUCAAUGCAACACGGUAGUCUGGUCGUAACGUCAAUUACGUAAUUAAUAAUUUUGGAACUUUGAGGGCAAUGACACACGCUGAAUCACGCAAAAAACUGCCGUAUUAUUUUAAGGCAUGAUUGCAUUUCUUAUCAGCAAUCUUUUCCGCGUAGUCGCGAAAACAGGAAUGUUGAAUCUCGAUUUGUAAAUUCUCUGCGUUUUGUUUGCCCGCAUAAUCUUCCUCACAUGCUUCAUGUCGUUGUCUCUUCGACAUGUCGGCUAAUAAUUAAUCGUUUGCGUAAAAUGUACAUAUAAGUAUAUAUAUAGUUUUGUCAAUUUCUUUUAAGAUCGACGUAUAUUUAUAUUAGCAAACAUCAUUAUUAAUUUAUUCCACCUUGUGUUAGGCUAAUUAAUCUCUAGAGUUGUAAGUAAAAUCGAAAUAUUUGAGAGCAAUUAUUAUCGAAAAUGAUAUUAAAAUACGUGCCGUGUUGCAGUAAGAUUUAGUACAUUGAACGCGCAUUAAUUUUAGUUACAAAAGAAUUGUACAGCCAGUGUAUAUAUUUAAAUUUAAUUUUAUUUUAUGGCGAAAAAUAUGAAUAGUUAAUACGUGUAUAUUUUUUUCUCAAUCUCGCAACGCUGCCGUGAACACACACGCGCGAUUAAAAACAUAGAAAAGACAAUAUUAACUUACAAUACAUCCCGAGAAUAUUGUUCCCGCAGGCAUUAUUUUACGAAGUCCCUAUCGUUAAUUUCACCUCGCGAUGCAUUAAGUAUCCGACGUUCAUGUCAUACCAAAGUUAGAUCAAUUGCAAUGAGGACCCUUUAAUCCUUCGCGCCCGAAAUUAUUCUCGGCUAUCGCCGAAGCUGUCUCGCGGCGCGAACGUACGCAAAACGCUAGAUAUUUAACGUAAGCAAUUCCUAAUAUACCCAGCUUUUAUAUAACGUCGCAGCAAGAUCUCUCGCGCGCAGCUGCGCUACGGACGAUAUUGAGGAUACGAAGGAUUAAACGGUCAUUUAGUUUUUUUUUUUCAGCCAGUCUGUUAGUGCCACGAAUAAUAAGCAUAAUUUCGUAAUUUGUCACCGUAUCGCCGACGUCCGUAAUUUCGUAAAGUCCGGCGGUAACUCGCGCCGUUUUACGCUGCAGAAAUUACGUUAAGUUUGAGAUUAUUAUACGAAGAAUAAUCGCGUCUGGUUUUAUAUGUACAGAGACAACACUCUAGGCUCAAAAGAUCUAAGGGAUUUCCUAUUUCGCGUAAGUUUAAUUUAGACUAAUUUGUACGGAGAGAGUCGCUUCCAAGCGCUUUAGUAAUUUCAGCGAUCGUAGCCUCAUCGAUUCUGGAGGAAGAAUAUUUUGCAGUAAUUAAUGAAAAAUCUGAUUUAUAACGGUGAUCUAAGCUCGUUGCUUCGCCUGUGCGUUACUCGCGGAUACGUAAUCGUACUUCGUUGCGACAUUUCGUAUACAGCUUAACGACUUAGCUUCAGUUGUACGAGCAAUCGCGGGUUAACUAGCUCUGGGUUAAUCUCGUUCUUCCCUUGUUAUGAUCUCACUCAUAAUACAAAUAGCGGAAUGGAGUGUUUAGUUGGAGAACUUAGAAAAAUCUAUUUAUAACUAAAUGAAUUUCUAUCGAUUCUUACUCGGGAACGGAAUGGAGGAAGAAAAUGGUGCUACUAGAUGGAUCGGAUGUAGAAAAUCGCCGAGAACGCUCGGGAAGUUCUCAAUUUUUUUCGAAGGUUUACCAGAGAAGGCAACCGGGGAAGCCGCCGCUUCCCGGAAUAUCGCUGUAGAGAGAAGCCUAAAGCAAAAAGAAAAAAAAAGAUCUCCAGUCUCUGGGCAGUCGUUUGGUAGGCGAGAGUCACAUAGCCGCGUAAUAAAGUCUCUCUAAAGUGAUCGCCAACGUCAGGGGGAUCUGAUACGGCACGCUGAAGAACCUCGAAGGUUAAGAGAAUUCGGCCCUUCGGCAAUGUCGAUUCCCGGCGAAUCGCAAUCGGAUUGACGGGCCAACGUUGCUGGACGACCAGAAUCAACGCACACCGACCUCGGUGCGACAACCGAUAUACGCGGGCGAGCGAGAAUUCGCGAUUCUUUCAGUAUUAGUCGAAUAUACGCGCCGAUUACGACCAAGGGGUACGUAAACUGCGUUUAUAGGAGGUACGCAAAUACAAAGUGUGUGACAAUAUAUACCUCAUGGCUUCUCAAGUACCACGCAAUACUAACUCGCAAAUCUUUUUGUAAAUGUAAGUUAGGGAUCGCGCGAGCCAACGAGAGAGAGAGAGAGAGAGAGAGAGAGAGAGACGCGGCAUCGCGGCGCGAAAGCUCGAGAUCACGAACACAUCGUCGGAAAACAGUGAAUAGCGCGUCUCACGCGAAGAAGACACGCGGCUUUUUUCGUACGAACUCGUUUUUAUCAGUCGUUCCCCGCACGUGCAGCGAUCAGUUAAAAAAAAUGCGCAAAUAGCGAUCAAUCAAAUUAAAUGGAGCACGAAAUUCACCUUCGCCUUAAUUAUAUCUCGUCGAUUGUAUGUACCAGAGAAUCUAUUUCUCUGAUCGACUAUCUUAUUGUCUGUACACACCAUUAAUUCCCGACUGUCUCUUGAAGCUCGAUACAAACACUAUCUCCCUAUGAAACUUUAUAUAAAGACGACAGUCGUCAUUGUUUUGUUUCAUACAUGCUCUUGUAAAAUUUCUGUUCGAAUUAAAAAAGUCGAAAUAA